AUAAGAUGGCUGUCAGAAAAAUUACCGUACAUAAAAAUAUUUAGUAAUUAUAUUUGUGUGCAAUUAUAAUGAGUAAUUAGAAUGCAUUAAUUUUUUUAUUUAAAAAAAAUUUAUUAUUUAUAUUUCAAAAAUUAUUAAUAUUUCACAAUAUGUCGCUAUCAAGUAUAUUACCUGCGCCAUCCCAGCCAGUUUGGGAUAGGGAUGACGAAAGAAGAAAACAAAAACUUGUUCGAGAUUCUACAGUACUAGUUAUUGCUCAACCCGUAGCACCACCUUAUGGCGAACGUAAAGGGUGGAUACCGCGACACCCAACUGAUUUUGGAGAUGGAGGUGCGUUUCCAGAAAUUGCCGUUGCUCAAUACCCUUUGGGCAUGGGACAAAAGGGUAAAGAAUCUACUUCAAAUGCGUUAGCUGUUCAAUUAGAUGCUGAAGGAAAAGUUAAAUACGAUGCAAUUGCUAGGCAAGGACAUUCAAAGGAUAAGAUAAUAUAUUCAAAAUUAACAGACUUAUUACCUGCAGAAGUUGUAGCUGAAGAUGAUCCAGAAUUACAAAAACCUAGCGCAGAAGAGAUUGAUGAAAUCGCAGAACAGACUCGACAAGCUUUACAAAAGUUAACUUCUAGUAAAAUUGCUGCGGCUAUGCCUGUAAGAUGUGCUGAGAAACAAGGUCCUCCACAAUACAUUCGUUACACACCUAGUCAACAAGGCUCCGCUUACAAUUCAGGUGCUAAGCAACGUGUUAUUCGUAUGGUUGAUGCACAAGUAGAUCCAAUUGAACCUCCAAAAUUUAAAAUUAAUAAGAAAAUUCCUCGAGGACCACCUAGCCCACCGGCACCUGUUUUACAUUCACCUACCAGAAAAGUUACUGUAAAGGAACAAAGAGAAUGGAAAAUUCCACCAUGUAUAUCUAAUUGGAAGAACGCAAAAGGUUACACGAUUCCAUUGGAUAAACGUCUAGCUGCAGAUGGUCGGGGUUUACAACAAGUUCACAUUAAUGAAAAUUUCGCAAAAUUAGCUGAAGCUUUAUACAUUGCCGAUCGUAAAGCACGAGAAGCUGUAGAAAUGCGUGCACAACUUGAAAAGAAAUUAGCACAGAAAGAAAAAGAAAAGAAAGAGGAUCAUUUAAGAAUGUUAGCUCAAAAGGCACGUGAUGAACGUGCUGGUAUAAAAGUAGCUCCAAGCAAUUCAAUGAACGAAGAAGAACGUGAACGUGAAAUGCUAAGAGCAGAUCGACAUAAAGAAAGAGCACGAGAUCGUAAUUUAGCCAGAGCAGCACCCGAUAAACGAUCUAAGUUACAGAAAGAAAGAGAGCGUGAUAUAUCUGAACAAAUUGCCCUGGGUAUGCCAGCUAAAACUGCAAUGACUGGUGAAGGGCAAUUUGAUCAACGAUUAUUUAAUCAAUCGGGUGGUAUGGGACAAGGCUUUACGGACGAUGAAGCAUAUAAUGUAUAUGAUAAACCAUGGCGUGAACAAAAUUCCUUGGGAACACACUUAUAUAGACCUAGCAAAAAUUUGGAUAAAGAAAUCUAUGGAGAUGAUUUAGAAAAAAUCGUUAAAAGUAAUAGAUUUGUACCUGAUAAAGAAUUCAGUGGCACUGAUCGUAACAUGCAAAGAUCUGGUCCAGUACAAUUUGAACGUGACGAAGAUCCUUUCGGUUUAGAUCAGUUCUUGACCCAAGCUAAACGUGCCUCUAAACGUAAAGAUGGACCAUCAGCAUCGAGCAGUUCAAAUGAUCGUUCAAAUGAAAAAGAUAAACGAAAGAGGCGUGAUUAAAGUAGCUUUAAUUUUACAUUAAUUUUUAGAUUUUAUUAUUAAAUAAUAAUUAUUAU